AUGGCCAUAUCCUCACGGCACAUCAUCCGCUCAGCCCUCAUAUCCUCACCCCUCCUCUUCCUCCUCGUCUUCUUCCUCGUCAAGCCCUCCACCCCCUCCACUUCCGAGUUCCCACACACCCCCGGAGAGCCGAGGACGUUUGAUUUCGAAUCCACCGAAGCCAAAGGAUGGAGAGAGGGACUCAGGGGUGGGGUCAGUGACUGGAGAGAUAAGUGGCCCUCCCUGGGGUGGGGCAGCGGACGCGAAACAGUUGAGCAGAUGGAAGUCGAACAGGUGGAGGAGGAUGGCUGGGUGGACUUUGAUGAAGGGCUCCAUUGGACAAAGUACGAAGGGGGUGUGCCAGGCUAUCAAGUCUUUACAAAUCUAUACCUUUCAGGUGCUUCUCUGACUGCUAUCACCCCUUCUCAAGCCCCGUCUCCGUUAGCGAGCGACGACGCGGAAGAGACAGACCGAGUACAAGAGAGUCCAUUCCCAGAGACGAAAUCCAUCAUCUCGUCAAGCAAGAGAGGCGUGACGGCGGGGCCUGACAGGUGGAGGAUUGAGGGACCAGAAGUGGGACGAAUGGAGUUUGGAAAGACAGGGUAUAGAUUGGGCGGUUUGACUUUCAUCUUCAACGAUGGGCCUGGUCCCGGUAUUUAUUUAAACACGUCUAACUCACGUUUCAGACAUUUUGUCGCCGAAGCUUUCCUCGGCGCCGUUCGGUCUCUAGCUUCGACUCUACCUGCAAGUGCUAGCAUUCCCGUCCCCAAACGUAUCUGGUUUCCACGCUGUGGCGCCACUCCAAGCUGGCGGGACGACCGUGGGGAAAAUGUGUGGUUCCUCUCGCAUGCUGUACCUUCUGCCAGUAUCGAAGACUCUACAGGUUUCGCCGACCGAAAUCUCGCUGGUGUUACCAUGCAACUGGAGAAGGUGGUCAUCAUUGAUCGCUGGGCGGCGCAUUCUAUAACGGGCGAUAUCGCCAAAUGGGGCAAGAUGAACGUCCUGGUUCCCACAGUUGCAGCUCCUGGUGAUAUAUUUCAACAAUACAGGGAUAAUGCCAUCCAAUCAUUCGGUGUAAGCAAGAGCAAGAUCGGCAGUAGAGGGCUGCCUGUUGUAGUCUACUUGUCCCACCAGAAAGAACCUCCCCGUCUCCGUUCGGAAGAUCAUGCGGGAAUGAUCACGGCACUGAAAAGUUUGACGAGUAUUGCCGAAGUGCAUAUAGUGAAAGUAGGCGGUAUGCCCAAAAUCCGUCAGGUUGAGCUUUUGAGUCGGGCUUUGGUGGUGAUUGGCUCGCACUCGGACGAUCUCGUUCAUGUCAUUUGGAUGCCCCCGAGCAAAGGCUCAACGAUCAUUGAACUCUUUGAGACGGGCGGUUUUCAGCGCGACUUUGAGCUGAUGGCUUCUUCUCUGAAUCACAACUAUGUGGCGGUGGCCGGGGAUAGGGUCGUACCAGAGGAAGAAUGGAAAAUCGCGGGGCCCUCUAACGGGGAACGACCCAAGGGUGAGAUUACAAUCAAUCCCGAAGUAGUGGUUCGCAUUGUGGAGGAUAUUGUAGCAGCGUCAGACGAGACUCUCGUACAGCUCGGACGAAGCAGAAGAAGCAGAAAUUGA